CGCCCCGAGGGCGCGGAGCGGGGACCCCGAGAUGGCCUCUGUGGUCUUUGAGGAUGUGGCUGUGAACUUCACCCCAGAAGAGUGGGCUUUGCUGGAUCAUGGUCAGAGGAACCUCUUUAAAGAUGUGAUUCUGGAGACCUGCAGGAACCUGUCCUCCGUGGAGAAGCAGGAGUUUCACAGCAGUGGAGAUCUGACCCGAAUGCAGCAAGGGCUUUUGAGGGAAUCUGCAAAGAUCUCACCCAGGACUCAAACCUAGUCCCUAUGAGGAAUGUUGCCCAGCCUGCAGCUCCAUCACGAGCCUCAGCACUCAGGUGGGUGCAGACCUUGUAGAGAAAUCCUAUGAAGGUCAGGACACCGGGAGAGCAUCGGAGACAUACGCAAAGAGUCUGAGUAGUAAAAAAUCUCUAGAGUGCAAGAAAUGUGGAAAAGCUUUCACUUGCAUUUCUUCUUUUCAGGGUCAUGUGCAAAAUGACCGUGUACAGAGGGUCCAUGCGUGUGACGUGUGUGGGAAAACCUUCUUAUAUCACUCCUUCCUUACACGUCAUAUGAGAACUCACACUGGGGCUAGAACCUCUCAAUGUCAGGAGUGUGGGAGAGCCUUUGGGUAUAAGUCAAGCCUGCAAAAACAUGUGCGGACCCACGCUCGGGAGAAACCCUAUAAAUAUCAGCCGUGUGGGAAAGCCUUCCCUGGUCAGCACACCUUUCUUGUACCUGGGAGAAGACCUACAGGGGAUAGAUCCUGGGAAUGUAAAGAAUGUGGGACAACUUUCAAGAUACGUCUACAGUUUGAACGUCACAUGACCACACACAAUGUAGUGAAACCCUAUGAAUGUGGGGAGUGUGGCAAAGCUUUCAGGCAUCACCCAAACCUGCGAGUACAUAUGAGGACACACACUGGGGAAAGACCCUAUGAAUGUAAGGAAUGUGGGAAAUCUUUCCAGAGGUAUGGUCAUAUUAAACGUCACAUGACCACUCACAGUACAUUGAAAACCUAUGAAUGUAAGAAGUGUGGCAGAUCCUUUCGGGAUCAAUCAUACCUGCAAGUACAUAUGAGGACACACACUGGGGAAAGGCCCUUUGAAUGUCAGCAGUGUGGAAGAGCCUUCCGGAAUCACACAGACCUGCGAGUGCAUAUGAGGAGACACACUGGAGAAAGACCGUAUGGAUGUCAGCAAUGUGGGAAAACCUUCAGAUAUCAUUGGAAUCUGCGAAAUCAUGUGAAGAUACACACGGAGGAGAGACCCUAUGAAUGUCAGGAGUGUGGGAAAACAUUCAGGUAUAAGUCAUGCCUGCGAGAACAUAUGAGGACGCACACUGGGGAAAGACCGUAUGAAUGUCAGGUGUGUGGGAAAACCUUCAGGUAUCAUUGGAAUCUGCGAGAACAUGUGACAAUACACACAGGGGAGAGACCCUAUGAAUGUCAGGUGUGUGGGAAAACCUUCAGGUAUAACUCAUGCCUACGAGACCAUGUGAGGACACACACUGGCGAGCAACGCUAUAAAUGUGUGCAUUGUGGAAAAGCCUUCAGUCGUAAGUGCACCCUUGUACUACAUACUGUGAGAAAUCACGCAGGGGUGGAAACUUGGAAUGUAAGGAGUGAGGGGAAGCUUUCAGGAAACAUCGACCUCUGAACAUUACAGGACCACACAUAAGGUAGUGAAACCUAUUAAUGUCAGGAAUGUAUCAGAGCCUUCAUGUAUCACACUGAUCUAUGGAUACAUACGCAGACACACACUGGGGAAAAACCCUGUAAAUGUCAACACUGUGGGAAAGCCUUCACAUCUCCUUGAAACUUGGGAGCACAUAUGAGGACACCUGCUUGGGAGAGAUCCUAUGAGUGUCAGCAGUGUGGGAAUACCUUCAGGUGCCCGUCACUGUGGAAGUACACAUACGGACACAUGUUGGGGAGAGACCUUUUGAGUAUAUAGAGUGUGGGAAAGUUGUCAGUUAGCUGCAAAAUGUUCAAGGUCAUUUGAAAACACACAGUGCAACUAAACCCUGUGAAUGCAAGAGGUGUGGGAAGGCAUACAAGUUCUUCUCAUCUCUUCAAGUGCAUGUGAAGGAACACCCUGGGGAGAGAUCUUGACAAAUCACCGAUCCCUUCAAGAACACACCAGGCUGCACAGUGGACAGUAAGCCUUUGUAUGUAAGGACUCUGGUAAGACCUUCGAGUGUCCCAGAGACCUGCAUGUACAUGUGAUGACCCUGAGUGGGCAGAACCUUACAAAUGACUGCUCUGUGGGAAAGCCUUCAGUUGUCCCUCUUCCCUUCAAGGACACACAUAAACUUAAGCACCAUGGAAAAGCCUUCAGGUAUCCCAGGAAUCUGUGAGCACAGACACACUGUGGCAUAGCAUUUAUCCUCCUUUAAAUUCUUAUUGAAAAUGCGAGCCAGUACAAUGGAGAUGAUCCUGAAUGGACACAAUUUUGGGAAAACUUCAGGUAUAGAACUUCAUGUAUUUUGUUCAUGAAAAUUCAGGCGGGAGAGAAAUAUUUUCAUUGUUGUGAUUAUGGUUUUGAGUUUCCAGGUGCCUCUUCCUUGAUUGGGACCCUAAGUGUAUGAAUUCCUAGUUCGUGUCACUGAUAUGAACACUGAUGGUUUUAGGUGGCCUUCUUUGUCCUCUACAUCUGCGUGACCUAGAUGUUGUUACCUCAGACUUGAAGUAAUCACACGGUUAUGUACCACAUGUCUCUUUCCCAUUACAAUGUCUUUUGGACUGGAUGUGAUAAAAAGGUGUCUGUUGUUGGUGUGUACAUACAACUUUAUAUACUUCUACAAAAAAAUGUCUUGAAUUAUACAUUCCAAAAAGUUCCUGUUAAAUUAUCAUGACAUGAGAC